CCCUCUUCAUCAAAUGACCAACUUCCAGUCGUCAGGCGCAUUGGCUUCAACGUCGGAUACGGCUCAAGGAUGCGAGCUGCUUGCGAAUGUGCCUGACCUCGUUAUCGCCUGCGAUUCACGGGCAGCGGACAUAAGUUCUUGACCAACCACGUAUCGGAUGCCCCCUCUCUAGGCAAAACCAUAUCGGCCGAAAGAUCUUGACCGAAGCGCUUCUUCGGCUCGACAUCUCUUUCUUAUCUACUUCGAAAUGGGCGCGCCGCUCUAGGAGAGCUGCAUAUCUUUCCUCCGCGUGCUCCAGCUCCUUGGAUCUUCUUCCUGACCACAACCAUGAUGGAGAACGAGAGAACCGAGGUUCACAGCGUCCACUGGUUCCGCAGCACGAUCUUCCAGAUCUUUGUCGUGGGCGCGGUCUUCUUCUGUGUGAGGGAAUGUACAACGCUCUCAGCUCCCUUGGUGCAGGGGGUCUAGCGACUCCAUGGUAUGCCAAUGCUACCGCGGCGGCUGGUUAUGUCUUCAUGGCCGUUUUGUGCAUCACUGGCGGAAUCAUUGUCAGCAAAAUCGGCGUGAAAGCAGCUUUGACGAUCGCGAGCACUGGCGAUAUCUUAUAUGCCGGCAGCCUGUAUCUCAACUCCAAGAAUGGAACGCAGUGGUUUUUGAUGCUUGGCUCUAUCAUAUCCGGCUGCACGGACGGGCUGAUGUAUGCGGUUGAGGGUCCCAUCAUCACAUCCUAUCCUGAGCCUGAGAGACGUGGUCGUAUGUUGGCUCUCUGGGUGUUUAUGCGAAACGCGGCUCCAGUCAUCGGCGGUGCCAUCAUCUUUGGUUUGAACAACUCCAUUGACUCGUCUGGAGCGGUUUCGCUUCGAACGUACCUCGUGAUCAUUGGGAUUAUGUGUGCCGGGCCGUUCAUCUCCUUCCUCCUGUCAGAACCCGAGAAAGUCCAGCGGAGGGAUGGAUUCAAGAUUGUUCUGCGCAAGGCGGGCUGGGUCCAGACACUGACAGAAUGGUGGAAUAUCGUCUGCUCGCGUGAUAUCCUACUGUUGUGUCCUCUGUUCUUUACCAGCUGGUUCUACGGGUCAUAUAUUGGAACACUUCAAACUCAAUACAUGAAUGUGAGAACUCGGGCGCUAUGUGCUUUUGUUAUCCCGUUCGGCGACAUAGCAGGAGGAUUUCUGAUCGGAUAUUUCCUCGAUUCGAAGCGACUUUCGGUGAAACAGCGGGCUCGAUGGAGUUUCGUGUGUUUGAUGAUACUGAAUUUGGCACUUUGGAUCUGGACAGCCGUUGUUACAAGACAAUUGGAACAUGAAAAGCCUGUGAUCGACUGGACGAGCGGAUCCAUCUUUGCCAACACGUUCAUCCUGUUCAUCUUGUUUGACUUGGCGACCAUGGCCACACAAACCAGUCUCUACUGGAUCAUUGGGCAGAUUUCUGAUGACUUCGUCGCUCUCUCAUACAUGACAGGCACCCUCCGAGGCGUCGAGUGUGCCGGUCAGGCGGUUGCUUACGGCAUCAAGUCGAGCAACACUACUAACUGGCUGUCCAUCGGGCUCAAUAUCGGCCUCAUUGUCUUCUCUCUGCCGUUUGCAUGGGUCGUAAUCAGGAAGAUCGGGGUCGUACCGUUCACCAAAUUUGCUGUGGCAGCGGACACACAGAGCGUAUCUGACAAAGAUUCCGAAACAGAGAAGGCGCUAUGAUAUCCGUCGAGAGGAUUUGAGUAGUCCGAUUGAUAUAAACUACUGACACCGAUUCCAAUACUCAUAUGCGAGAAGAACAGGUCUUAUGUCGGUGAUUCCCUCUAUCUGCCUGUCGUCCGGCUCCUGGCGGAUGUAGUCUUUCAAGGGUCCAUGGCGCGCGUACUGUUCCGCCUUCGACUGGAACGUGGACGACUUCUAGCACUUCUCGAACCCUGCGUGUUUACCUGUAUUUACCGCUCAAAUACACUGCCGCAUUGUGACCUCCAAUUUGCGCCUACUUGAGCCGCCAUUCGCUGGACGAGACGAUUCGCGCAUGCCGCCGGAGAAAGAUAUGGGGGGACCAUCAAACCCGACGUGGUACGACCCCAAAGAGAGUGAAUGGGAUUUCGAACACCCAAAAUACUGGAGCGAGGAGGACCAAGAAGUGUUCGUCGGCAUUCGCGACGGCGACGAACCCACAAAACUCGAGACACUGUGUGGCACAUACCGCUGGUUCUACGACUUCCCCGAACCGGGCACAACUGAGCCAAACGACAUCUCUUACGACAAUUCCGACGCAUCGCUCCCGCACCCGGAUAACCACUGGGAGUUUGUGACAUUCAAGUGGAAGGAGAGCUAUGGGCCGCAGCUGCAAGACGAAGGGAACAGUCUCGUUGCACUGGAUGUGAUGGACGACGGAGGAGAUCCUUUCGUGAUGAUGCGAUGCACGUAUCCAGGGCCCUCGGGGCACACGUGGUACCGUGACUUGGCCGCGAAGAAGGAGCGAAGACCAAAAAGACACGGGCUUUCGGACGCGGAGAGAGCUCGGCUGCACAUGGAGGUACACUAUCCGGAGGUGAGAGCUGCCGCACAAGCUAAAGCGGCAGCGGGCAAGGCCGCCGCUGAAUCUUCAUCCUCCGAAGAGGAAAGUGACGAAGACAGUAGCUCGGAUGAAAAUGUAGCUUCCAGAAGGAGGGGAUCGCGGCCUGGCAAGCGAAAACAACUCGACUCACUAGGCUCGGACACGGAGAAUCGAGGCAGGAAGCACUCGGUGCUUCCGACUUGGAAACGAUCUAUCAGCUCAGCACUGGCGAGCUUCGGAGUGCUGCAUGCACGGCUCCUUCAGAACUUUUGUAAGCGAUCUUUGAGCACUGGCUGGCUCUCGGACACCGCACGCUAUUGCAAUUUCAAGUUCGUGCGCCGCACGCCCACAACAUCGAGAUCCAUCUGGUCCCAGUCGCCCCGGGAUCCCUUGAAGUCCAUGGAAUUGGAGGCAAAUACAAGCGCAGAGGGAAGGCUGCUCCAUUUCGAUGCCACUACACGCAAAUGGAUUCCCUCGAUGGCCCAUGUCCCAGGCCAAACCGUGGCAGAGUCACCUCCGCGGCUGUCUCUCUUGUCCUGGAACAUCGACUUUGCUGGCUCCCUAUUGAUCACCCGCUUCAAAGCCGCGCUGGAUCACCUCGAGAGCCUUCUUUCCCAAUCCUCAGCGCAGCCCACAGUCAUCCUGCUGCAGGAGGUCGACCAGGACUGCUUCGCGCCCCUUCUGGCACACGACUUCAUCCGCACCCGCUACCACAUCACGAACGACGCGUCUUCCCAAAGCUACAGCACGCUGACGCUCGUCCCGAACCCCCUCGCCGCGUACGUCUCCGCCGUGACGCGUGUGCCCUUCGCGCGCAAUUCGGAGACGCGGAUGAGUCGCGACUGUCUAUACGUCGACUUGGACCUGCACCUGCCGCAUGCCGAAGAGCGAUCUGCCCUCUUCCGACUGCGGAUCGCCAACACGCAUCUGGAGUCGCUCCGCGGCUUUGGCGACGCGGCACGCCCCAAACAGCUGGCAAAGAUCGCGAAGUUGUUGACGGCGCCAGGGAUCGACGGUGGUGUGGUUGCGGGCGACAUGAACUGCAUCGCGCCGACUGACCAGGAUCUGCCCGAGGAAGUCGGUCUCGCGGACGCGUGGGUGAAGAAAGAGGGUCAUGAGUCAAACGCUGAAGGAGACGACACGGGCGAGGCGGACGGUCAUACCUGGGGCUACCAGCCUAAAAAUCGGUUUCCACCGCGCAGAAUGGACAAAGUCCUUUUCGCCGGAAACGUAAGCGCUACGAUUGUUCAGCGUGUCGGAGUGGGGCUGCGAGUAGAGCGCGACAAAAAUCCGGUGUGGGUCAGCGACCAUUAUGGACUGUUAGCAUCAUUGGCGUUCAGCCGACCUGCCAUUGAGAGCUGA